AUGGCAGCACUUAUUGAUGAUGCCGACUACGAUGCCGGCGAAGCGUCUGAGAAUGUACCAAGUCCACGGUCUGAUGCUGGAAAUUAUGACAACUACUAUGGCAGAGGACUUCGGACAAGAUGCGUUCUACUAAUUCGCCCUGACAACAAGACCGAGUUGCGACAGCGAGGUCAACUCACUUCUAUAAAUUGUAAAGAGGCUGCGACCAUACCGGGUGUCACAACAUCGUGGUCUUCAUAUCUUUGA